AUGGUCGCCCAGAUGACGAUCGAGGUCUCGUACCCUCUCCCACCAGACCUCCCACCAUCUGCCGUGCUCGCCGCCCUGCACACCUCGUACGAGCCGCUGAUGAAGCCUCACCCAUUCCAAAAGGGCUUCAAGCGGCGCCCGCUCUCGGUCGACGAGGUGGUGGAUGACCCCUUCUUCCGCGCCGACGGCCGCAAGCUCGAGUCUUACGAGGUGUCGGACCGCAUCCCCAUCCUGCCGGGCGUGCACAAAGACAUCACCGUCCCGGCCGUCUUUCAGAGCUUCGACGGCGGCGUCAGGUGCCGCGCCGACGCACCCGGGGGCGUGCGCAUCUGGAGUGUAUACGAGCCGAGGAAGGCUGCUCCUGCUGCUGCAGGUGGCGAACCGGGUGGUGCCGGGUACGAGCUGCACGAGACUGCUGUCAUUGAGUGCAAUGCUAUCUUCAAGCGGUUCGUCGCAAAGAACUUUGAGAGCUCGCAUCGUGAGAACCUCAAGGGCAUAGUGGGACUCCUCGCAGAUAUGUACAGGAAGGGGGAGAAGUGA